AUGCUGAGCGUCGUCGUCUCUCUUACUUCUUCUUCGAUGAGCAUGUCGAGCGGGAAGUUGCAGGACGAGUCUCAGUGGUCGUCAGAGGAGCUGAAGCUGUCGCAGUUGCUGGACACUCAGGCGGUGAGGGAGCUCCACGUGGCGAUCCAGAGCCAAUGGGAUCCCAUCCGGCUGUCGGCGUGCCAGACGGCGGCGGGGAGGGCGCUGUGGAGGCACGUGAUCCACGACCCGCUGGCUGACCUGCUGGCGGGAGAGACGUACCUGAGAAGUCUGCACCAGAAGAUCAAGAAAGACCUGCUCAACAAUGCGAGGGAGACUUCCGGGGUGAUCCUCGCCGUUCGGACUUUGUGGUUCGAUUCCAAGAUCGACGCCGCCUUGAGUUCGUUCGCCGGUGAAGCUCAGGUAGUUCUCCUUGGUGCAGGCAUGGAUACAAGGGCGUACCGGCUAACCAGCUUAAAGCAAACUGAUGUCUUUGAGGUCGACUUCCCCGACGUCCUGGAAGUGAAAGCCACCCUUCUGGAGGCAGCAACGGAAUCGAUGAACGAACACAAUCCCCCCAAGAUGACAGCAAAAUCCCUCGAAAGGGUAGCUGCAGACAUCAGAAAUGCUGAUUGGGUUGAGAAGCUUAAAAGAUCAGGUUUCGAACCAGAGAAGAAGACGGUAUGGGUUCUAGAAGGCAUCCUAUAUUACCUGUCCCAUUCACAAGCCUUGCAAGUACUGAAGACCAUAGCGGACAAGUGCUCCCUUGCCCACACUGUCCUCCUCGGUGACUUCAUGAACAAACCAUCGACCACCAUGUCUAGCUCUCUCUUUCACUUCUAUAGUGAUUGGCCCGAUGAUCUCCUCCCGUCUUUAGGAUUCUCCGACGUAAAGUUGUCGCAGAUCGGGGAUCCAGACGCUCAUUUCGGGCUCAUGGAUGAUCAGUUAAAUCUGUUCAACAAACUCCGCGGCUUGCCAAGGUCAGCUCAGAUCCACCCAGAUGAUGGAACGCCUUGUUGUCGCUUGUAUUUAGUGCAGGCUUCAGGCCUGCCCAAUGAAACCAACAUAUAG